AUGUCGUCUGACAACGGCACGAAUUUCGUCGGCGCUGAGAAAGAACUUCGAAUUGCAUUCCAGCGGUGCAUGGCAGAUGCUAAACUACGUUCGUUCUUUGCCGACUCAAACAUCGAGUGGCGUUUCAACCCUCCGUCUGCACCUCAUAUGGGUGGAUACUGGGAAACAGGCGUCAAGCGCAUUAAGUAUCACCUGAAACGCGUACUGGGUGCAACUCUACUGUCCUAUGAAGAGUUCAACACGCUGUUGACAGAAGUAGAGGCCUGCGUAAACUCCCGCCCGCUCUGUGACAACUCUGCAGCUGCUAAUGACUUAGAGGUCCUAACUCCUGGUCAUUUUAUUAUUGGCGAACCACUAAAGUCAAUCCCAGAACCUGAGGGUCAAGGGUUCUGUGGAAAUCUUCGUCAGCGGUGGCAAACUAUUUCUGCCAUGAGGAGACAUUUCUGGCGGCGUUGGAGAGACGAGUAUCUCGUCAGUCUACAGCGUCGUACCAAGUGGUUUCGUUCUUCGCGCAACAUCGAAGAAGGUGAUGUGGUUGCGGUCUGCAACGAGCCUACUCCUCCGACGAAGUGGACGCUGGCAAGAGUUACUAAAUGCCAUCCUGGUGCUGAUGGGCGCGUAAGAGUGGUUACGUUGAAGACACCGCAAGGCGAACUAGUUCGGCCCAUAGUUAAGCUCUGCCUCUUACCAACGAAAGGAGAUAUAUUUCAUGAAGAAGUCUAG